AGCAUAAGCAGAAAUGGGUUUUGAGUUUUUUUUUUUUUUUUCGGGGAGCAAUAAAUAAGAGCUCUUCACACACAGUUUUCACAAAUUCUAGAGAGAGAAAGCUGUUACUGCUGCUUAGUACUGUUUAGAGAGAGAAAGUGUGAGUGAGAGAGAGAGAGAGAGUAGUGAGAAAAGCAAAAAAUGGAGGAUCUACCUGAGGAAUCAGAGAACGGAGAAGAGGUACAGGGCUCGAGUUUGACUAUGGAGAAGGUUGCUGCAGCUAAACAGUUCAUAGAGAAUCAUUACAGAGCUCAGAUGAAGAACAUUAAAGAGCGAAAAGAGAGACGAUGGAUGUUAGAAAGGAAAUUGGCUUCGUCAGAUGUGCCUGAGGACGUACAAAUGAACUUGAUUAGAGAUUUAGAACGGAAGGAGACAGAAUUUAUGCGGCUUAAAAGGCACAAGAUAUGCGUGGAUGAUUUUGAGCUUUUAACCAUCAUUGGAAGGGGGGCCUUUGGCGAGGUUCGAUUAUGUAGGGAGAAAAAAUCUGGCAACAUUUACGCGAUGAAAAAGUUGAAGAAGUCUGAAAUGCUUAUGCGUGGACAGGUUGAACAUGUUAAAGCUGAGAGAAAUUUGCUGGCUGAAGUUGGUAGCCAUUGCAUAGUGAAGCUUUACUAUUCGUUCCAGGAUGCUGAAUACCUGUAUUUGAUUAUGGAAUAUCUGCCUGGUGGGGACAUGAUGACUUUGCUGAUGAGGGAAGAUACCUUACCCGAAGACGUGGCUAGAUUUUACAUUGCGCAGAGUGUGCUUGCCAUAGAAUCUAUUCACAAGCACAACUAUAUUCAUAGAGACAUCAAACCCGACAACCUUCUUCUGGAUAAAUAUGGUCACAUGAAACUCUCAGAUUUUGGCCUGUGUAAACCUCUUGAUUGUACAACUUUGCCUGCACUGCAUGAAAAUAGAACUAUGGGUGAUGAAAAUAUGACAGAAGCAAUGGAUAUCGAUGGAACUGAGGCGGAUAAUAGGAAAAGCUGGAGGAGCCCUCGUGAACAGCUUCAGCAUUGGCAGAUGAACAGGAGGAAAUUGGCAUUUUCAACUGUGGGAACUCCAGACUACAUUGCUCCUGAAGUACUAUUGAAGAAAGGAUAUGGAAUGGAGUGUGACUGGUGGUCACUUGGAGCAAUUAUGUACGAAAUGCUUGUUGGUUAUCCUCCAUUUUAUUCAGAUGAACCAAUAGCUACUUGCAGAAAGAUUGUUCAUUGGAGAACCCACCUGCAAUUCCCAGAAGAUGCAAGGUUGACACCUGAGGCUAAGGAUCUGAUUUGUAGGUUGCUCUGUGAUGUUGAUCAUAGGCUAGGUACUGGAGGGGCACACCAAAUUAAGUCUCACCCUUGGUUCAAUGGCGUCAUGUGGGAUAAACUCUAUGAAAUGGAAGCAGCUUUUAAACCAGAAGUCAAUGGAGAGCUUGAUACCCAGAACUUCAUGAAGUUUGAUGAAUUGGAUGCUCCAACUCCCUCAAGAAGUGGCUCUGGACCCUCCCGAAAGUUGCUCUUAACUCCUAAAGAUUUAAGCUUUGUUGGCUAUACAUACAAGAAUUUCGAUGCUGUAAAAGGGCUUCGCCAAUCUCUCGGCGAGGCACGCAGAGAGCAUGUAACAAAACAGGCACAGGAGGAAAUCGAAAUACAAAUGCUUGCAUCAACAGGUGAUCCCAUGUUACCUUAAUUUAAGUAAUCAUGAGAUCAAAACCCCGAAAACAGAAGAUUGAAUCGAAGAUGCAUACUAUAAUAAUAGGUUAAAAAGUGCUUAUAUAUGUUGUGGACCAACCAACCAUAUAAGUGUACAGUAGUAGUUUUCGAAGAGCUUCAUAUAAAAAAAAAAAAAAGAAAAAAGAAAGAAAGAAAAGCCGGUAUAACCCUACAGUUGAGGGGGCAAAAGGAAAGGAGAGAAGAAGAAGACGACGACGACGACUUUAGUUUUUUCAAAAAAAAAAAAAACGAAAAAAAAUAAGUUAUUGUGAAUUAGAUUUUAGCAACUUAGGACAGAAACAUUUGGAGCUUUUCUUGGCUGCCCAGGUUGGCAGAUGAGUGGCACACACACCACACUUACUUGCCUUCACUAGUGGCAGUAUCUGGUCAAAAAAAUAUUAUGUGAUUUUUAAGAAUUUUUUAAGAACAACAAACUAAAACUACUACUAUUACUACUCAGAAACUCCAUGUCCUUUCCUUUCAUUGUUAAAGAAUAUAUUAUUCCCCUUUAAAAAAUGGGGUAAUAAUUAAAAAGAAGAAGAAGAAGACUAUUAUUGGUCAUGGAGAAAAGUUGUUGUUGUGGUAACAAAAUUUGCCUCAGUUAUUAUUAUUCCUUACGUUUUUGCCUUAAAGUGGCUUAAAUUGUAAUGGCAUGUGUUUGUUGCAUCCCUAAUUACUUGUGGAUUAUUUUUCUUUAUUUUAUUUGCUUCUUCGAUAAAAUAUAAAGAAAUUUCCUUUUUGCUAUAUAAAUUAGCAAAUUAAUUCUUAA